ACCCGGAGCCGCAAUCGGCGGGCUCCAGUGCUCCAGAGCCGCAAUCGGCAGGCUCCCCAGUUCCAGACCCGGAGCCGCAAUCGGCGGGCUCCAGUGCUCCAGAGCCGCAAUCGGCAGGCUCCCCAGUUCCAGACCCGGAGCCGCAAUCGGCGGGCUCCCCUGUUCCAGUCCGAGAGCUGCUGUCGGCGGUCUUCUCAGAGCCUGUUCCAGCGCCACAGUCGGCGGUCACCACAGAGCCUGUUCCUGAGCCGCCGAAGAGGGGACGGGGUACCCUGUGGGGGUACCUACUGAAGGUUGGGCGUCAUCCUCCUGAGAAGCUGCUUCGCCUCAUGCCCCGCGGCCGGCCCCCAGAGCGUCGGCUUCGCCUCCGGCCCCGCAGCAGACCCCCGGAGCGUAGGCUUCGCCUCCGGCCCCGCGGCCGGCCCCCAGAGCGUCGGCUUCGCCUUCGGCCCUGCGGCAGGACCCCGGAGCGUCAGCUUCGCCUCCGACCCCACAGUCGGCCACCUAAGACUCUGCUCCGUUGCCGGAUCCUCGGCCGGCCUCCAGAACCUCAGCCAUGCCUCCGGCCCGGCAGUGGUCCUCCUAAGACGCUGCUUCGUCUCCAGCCCUGCGGUCGGCCUCCUGAGCAUCUGUCUCGCCUCCGGCCCAGCGGUAGGCCCCCUGAGAAUCGGCCUCGCCUCCGUCUCAACGGUCAACCUCCUGAGCAGCUGAUACGCCUCCGCUGCCGGUCCCUCGGCCGGCCACCUGAGACUCUGUCCCGCUGCCGGUCCCUUGGCCGGCCACCUGAGACUCAGUCCCGCUACCGGUCCCACGACCGGCCACCAGAGACGUUGCCCAAAAAAUUUUCUGG